UGAGCGCGUCGCGUGCCGACGCCUCAGAAGUGGUGUGACUGUGAAGGUGAGAAGACGCGCGACUCGGCUGGCCGUUGUGUGCUUCACUUGUUGGCCACAACUUCGCACUCUCGUCUGUUUCUUGUCAUGGACUUUGUACGUGGACUCGCCACCAGUGACCUGCCGUCCUGGGUGUAGGUAGUGACGAGGGCAUGUACUAGUGCUGUGUGUGUGGAGUGUUGUGCUGUGUCUGGUGCUUGCGCGAUGCUGGGGCACACCGGGAUGCCUCGCGUCGGCCACUCAGUGACCUGGUCAGACCGGGAGGUGAGCGUCCUGUCGCCACCUGUACCGCACAUUCUUGUGAACGUGGAGGGUUCGGCUCUGUCGCGCUUGGACCGAUACUUUGAUCCUCAGCCUCCCCCGAGGCCCGAAAAGCCCGUGGGUUUGUUGCCCAAGCCCUCCCCCGCUAAGGCGACCACGCAGGCCACGCCGGUGGGCGGACCGCCUCCCCUCAUCGACGGGGCGGCUUGUAAGACAUCGACAUGGACUUACAAGCAGGUGACCACGGCCAGAAACUCUGGCGUGUCGGACAGCGAAAAGGGCGUGCGGUUCCGGCCGGAGCGGCGGGAGCGGCGGCCCGUGCAGAAGCUGCAAUGGCGGGACAGCGCCUGGUCCCGCGGGUUCACCACUGGGAAGGACGAUUACCUGGACCUCGACAUGCGCAUCACAGCCUCCUCCUCCAGCGAGGGUUCCUCCCGCCACGCCAUCAAGCGCAUCCUGCUGCUCACUGAGAAUUACCAGUACCGCGACGCUGCCGCCUUUAUCCAUCGUCUGCCCUCCGCCACCUUCAAAGUGAUCGUGGACGAGCUGCCCAUCGACGUGCUAGUAGACGCCAUGCCGCACUCACUACCCAUCCUGGAGGCGCUAUACUGCAAGGUGAGCGACACCGCCCCCGCCGUCACGGGCUGCUCACGCAUCCUGCGUCCCGAGGCCGUGGUGUGGCAGAUGGUGCGCUUCUUCGCCCAGCAGGAGGAGUGCCUAACAGGGGACAUUCGCUGGGAAUUCUGCGGCCCCUUCGUCACCUCCUGCAAGAAGGUGCUGCGCGUUAUAGCACGCUCUGAGCCCAAGAUACGCAAGACAUUGCAGCAGAGGCGGAAGCAGCUGGAGAAGGCCAUCGAGGGCAUGGGGCACCACGGCCUGGUGGGUACUUCAGACGAGUCGCUGCAGAGCCUCCACGACGCUCUCAAACUGGAGUUCGAGAAGGUGGUAAAGUCGUAUACGCAAGCGCUAGAGAAGCUGGAGGAGCUGAGUCUAAGCAACAAGACGUCACUGCAGCGCAGCAUCAGCCACGGGCCGGCGCCCAUUCAGGCGUCGCACCAGCGGCAGUUGUCCAUCACACAGGAGGAGGUGCAGCAGCGGCUCAUCAAGAACAAGACGCUACUUAACGUGGUAGAGCCCACGCUCAACAACCACUCCCUGGACGUGCUGCUCGGCAUCUUGCAGCGCCGCAUCGAGUAUGACAAGGAGUCGCUCUUCCAGUUCACGCAGCUGCGCAAGGAAGCCAAGGAGGUGGAUGGCAACGCUGUCAUCGCGCCUAUCCUCAUGCGCUACACGCACGGCUGUCAGCAGGUGCUGGAGAUGCUGAAGGAGGCGGUGGAGGAGGACGGCGGGCACCAGAUUGGCGAGGAGGACGAGGGCAGUGACGUGAGUGGGUAUCACAGCGACUCAGACUCAGCCAUCAUGAUGUCUGGCAACUCACCGUACGUCAGCAAGCACGCCAGAUUCAACUUCCUCACCAGAUCAGUGCGUGACAGGAGUCGUGUGGGUGUGAGGAGCGCCCUGCCCUUCACCACUGUGCCUCCCUGCUCCUCCUCCUCCGGCGUCUCCUCAGGUUCCUCGGACACGCAGAGCCAGGGCAGUGGCGGCGGGGACUCCAAGAGCGACUCCCCUACUCCGGAAGGUACAAGGAAGAACGGAGAGGUGGUGUCUGCUGGAGUCGCUGGCGUGAGUGUGCGCUGCGGCAAAGGACACGAGCUUUCAGUCCCUGCUGCACGCGCCUCCGCUCCCUCCGGCGUGAGGGAGUCGGCAGCCCUGCGUCAGGAGGUGGAAACUCUGCGGGCGGAAAUUACCAAGGCCCGCCAAACAAUCCUUCACAUGCAGGAAAGGGAGAAGAAACUGAAGGAUAGACUGGGUGACCGCGCGGCGAGGGGCUUGGAACGAGGCAACACACGGCUUGAGAACGUGAACCUGGGAGAGCGGCGCCCCACAGCCCUGGUGAGGAAAUAUGGCAACCUUUACGCCCAAGCCAGAGUGGACACGCUGGACUCCCUUGACGCUCUGCCGGACCUCAAGAACGCCGAGGAGCUCAAGUCGAAGCUGCUGUUCAGUGUUGUGGUGCUUGCCUUCCGCUCCGCCCAUUCCUCGGCUCAGGCUCUGCGGGAGGAGGUGCGUCGUAUCCUGCAGGUCCCGCCGCCUCCCCCCACAGGAGAGGCCAAGGACAACCACCUUCUGUACGACACCAACGCCUUCUCUCUUGAGCAGUCUGUGUCCGCCUUCGUCACCGCCAACAUUGAGAAGCGGGAUCUGUCCAAGAAUGUUGAGGAGGUGUGUCAGCAGAUCUGGGCCACGCUGUAUGACUACCCGAGCCUCAAGAACUGCGAGGGGCUGCUGCAGUACGUGAAGGAUUGCGUCAGACUCGCCUGGGGUCUCAGCAACCAGGUGCCGCCCUACGUGAUUGACUACGAGACUCGCACCUACAGGAAGGAUUACCAUGUCCGCUUCCACGUGGCCGACCCGGAGUGUGACGCCAUCAAGACCUACCUGUGGCCCGCGCUGCUCGAAGGUCCCGGUGGCCCCUGUGUGCAGAAGGGCGUCGUGAUUACUUAGACUUGUGUGCCGCCCUUGCAGUCUCUCUUGUAAAGGUGUGCUUUACUGCUGCUGCUGCUGCUGCUAAUGCUGUAUGUACCCCAUGACAUAGGUACGCACCAGCAAGCCACAUGUACCGCUCCUCUAUACCUCCUGGAUGAUGGUACACCAAGAUACUCGCAGUCACAGAAACCCAGCAGAGAGUAGACAGAAUGUGAGCUUCAUUGCAAAAGAUUUCGUGGUGUUGUGAAAGUUUGAAUCACGUAAGAGUUUGGAAAAUCUUACCUUGAAAACUGUACGAAGAUACUCGCCACUCGUGUCUUAGUGUCUUAGCAGUACAGGUGAUCACAGCUUUGCCUUGAUGAUUGUGAGAGAAUCGUUCACUUGUGUCUUACCUUCAUGAAGUGUGGUAUGUUAAAUGCUGUGACACUUUUCAAAAUUCACGUGUGUAUGUUUAAUGAUGGGGUAAGUUAUGGACAGUCUUACCUGUGUCUUACCUUUAUAACUAAAUAGGGGUAAGGUGUUAGUCUUAUUUUGUUAAUUGUGGAAAUGUUUACCUGUGUUUUACUUAUAAAGGAUGUGUAUAUAUGACAAGGUUUCAACAGUCUCACUUUGAUAAUUAUGGGAAUGUUUACUUGUGUGUCUUAUCUUUAAAAUUGUACAGUGGUGAGAUAUCAACUGCUUUACGUUGAUAAUUAUGAGAAUAUUUUACCUGUAAGGAAAAUAUAACGUUAGACGUUUACUGCGCCUCAUAAACACACUGGCACUAAUACAGACCAUCGCCACUUAUAACGAUAAUAGAAGAUAAUGUUUUCUUUUCAUUUUACGUUUAAAAAAAGCCAACUUUUCCCAUACAUUUAUUAAUUCCAAGUGUUUGUGAGCACACUUGUGUAAACCUUAAUGGCAAAAUGAAGUGUAAUUAGACAACACCUGCGUGGCUUUGAAGCAACCUGGACACAUUACUUGGUAGAAACACAUAAUCAAACGCACUUUAUCCCCCAUAUCUCACUUAUAAACUGACCUCAGCUGAUCACAACAUUUAUACAUACUUACAUACACUUACACACACUUCUGCACACUUAUACGAAUCUUACUCCAUAACCUGAUACACUCCUGGCAGUAUAGAGGCGCACACACCCACGCAGGCAAAAGAAAACUAUUAAUUCCACGUAAAAUGAAUACAAAAAUUGGUUCACUUCUUUUGUACAUAUGACGAGAUCUUUAGCUAGAGAGAAUGUAUUUUAUGUAUCAUUCCUGUAUGUAUAACUAUGUAUGUGUUAGGUGUACAAAGUGUAUAAGAUGUAGGAUUGGUACAGGUUUAAAUCGAGUGUCAUGUGUUGGAAGUUAUGAGACGAGUGGUAAUGUUCUCUGUCUAUGUUUUGUGUUUCCCUCUAAAGCGUAACUCACUGACAGCUUAGAGUGUGACGAGCGGGGUAGAUUGUGGAUGAAGAAAUAGUGUAUAGUGUUUUGUGUUUUUAUUCCGAGUUAAGUUUAGUGAUUCGCUAUAAGAAUAAAAAAAAAUGGAGUAGAAUGAAUGAGAUAUAUUGUUGAGAUAGAAUUGAAUAGCGAAAUAUUGAAGAAAAGGUAAAAAUGCGAUGAAUUUUCUCCUUUUCAUAGAUUUUGGUUCUGCAAUUUGCUGUCAAAAAAUAUAUAAUCAAAGGAAUAUAUAAUGAAGAGAAAAUAUAAUAGAAAACUUCGAAGAAAAAAGUAAAACAAAGAAGGAUUUUCUCAUUUUGCAAAGUUUUAUUGAUUUUUUUACUUCACAUUUAUGAUCUGACAGAAUAAUGAAAGCAGAAUGAACGGAAUAGAUUACAGUGAGAAAAUGAAGUAGAGAAAAUUAAAGAGCAAAACGAAUAUGCAAAUAAUUUUCUUUGUAAUAAAAUACUUGCUAUAUUUCCGUAAGAUCAGAGUUAAGCUUAAAAGAAAACCCAAAAGCACGAUAUAAGUGAAUAUUUGACUCGUCUCUUGAACUUUCGAACUUUCUUGUGCUUCCCUGUCCUCUGUAUAAGGUGAGGCAAUUAAGGCACAACUGGCUGGUUAUUUGUAAGUUAUAGACGGUUUGUGUGUAUAUAUUCAUGUCUUUUUAUACUUUUGUGUGUGUGUUGCAGUGAGUGACGGCGGAUCCCUGUGCAGUGUUCAGGGAGCGAAUCGUUUCCUCAGAGUUCGUGUGUUAGUGUGUUUGUGUAUUGGAGUCAGUGCAUCGUUGUAUUAGUGAGGAAAGAAAAGUUGUCGUAAAUUUGUAAAGUAUAGUGUAUCAUAAUAAGAAGAAUAAUGUUCUGGUGUUGAAUUCAAAUAACGAAUGAGUGACUGGUUAUUUGAUAAGUUUAUUGACUGGUAUAAGGCGCCACAGUAUCCAGGUCACAAGGCGCCGUCAGUACGCAGCGAACGUCUCCCCGCUGGCCCCAUAAAGCAGCUUGUGUCAAACUCGCCCGAUCACUGCAACUAAAAAAUCUCGAAGGAAAAUUGUUUUGAUAAUUUCACUCAACUCCAGUAAAAAUGAACAGAAAUGAAACUCAAACAUUGCCUUACUCCUUGAACUACGUCACUGAAGAAAUGUAUACGUUAGAGUGAGCAAAAGGAGAAAAAAAAAUAUCCCACUACUCAGACAUCAUCCUUAAACAAACGUUAAUGGGAAAUAUAGUUGAUGAAGUAAAAGAUAAAAAAAAAGUCAAAAUCAAACGAACUAAAAAAUGCUUCAUGAAAAAAUAUCAGUGAAGGAAUAGAUAUUAGAGAGACACACCUUACUUUUCCAUAACAAACUCUUACACUGGCAAUAUCUUUGGCAACCCAUCACCAAAACUUACAAACAUUAGCUGUCCAUAGCCUUUCCUCCACACCUUGACUCCCCACCUCUCCUCGCGCCGCAGCUGUCUAGAAAGAGCUACCGCCAAGGUGUUUUCAGCAUAUUCUGAGUGAAUAUACGAGACAGAAACACCGACUUUGAUGCACACCGAAAUAUAGGACACGAGUUGACGACCUAAGAUUUUGUACCGAAAGCCUCUCGUGAAGGAAAACGAGGGUGGCACCUGGCGAGAGAGAGAGAGAGAGAGAGAGAGAGAGAGAGAGAGAGAGAGAGAGAGGGGGGAUUGUGAGAGUGAUGAAGAAAGAUGAACAAACUACCUUUCUCACUCUCCUCUCUCUCUCUGUCCAUCUCCCCACUCAUCCACUCCCUAGCCUUUCUCCACACGGCUUGGGCUUCUUUCCCCUUCACCCUUUAUGAUGUGCAGGCGGAAGGGCGUCUCCCAUUCCUUCCCGUGCCUUUAAUGUGUACCCUCUCCCCUUCCCCAUCAGUUCCUCCUGCUCUUCUUCUGCCGGUUAGAGUAAGAGAAAGUAAAUAAAUUAAUAAAUAGAUGAAUAAAUUUAUCUAAUCUUUAUACGGGAUGCUGUGAAUAUCAAGGGAUUUAAAGGCAAUGGAUGCGAACUAUUUUCAGAUAUUUGUAAGGUGAAAAACUCAAGAAAGGUUAAUUUGGGGUUAUUUUUAAAGAAGUAAAGAUAAAUAUUUUUCUUCUUUGAUUGAAGUUUAAACAAGAGUGAAAUUAUCGAAGAGGGUUCAGGCUAAGGCUGCACUACGACUGGUGUGUGUGUGUGUGUGUGUGUGUGUGUGUGUGUGUGUGUGUGUGUGUGUGUGUGUGUGUGUGUGUGUAAUCUGUAUUAUAUUUAUUUAUCCAGGUAUUAUAAAAAGUGUGUAGUGUAUAGUAGGUUUUUCCCGUGUGUGUGUGUGUGUGUGUGUGUGUGUGUGUGUGUGUGUGUGUGUGUGUGUGUGUGUGUGUGUGUGUGUGUGUGCACGGUUCUCUUCCCUGUAUAUCAAGAACCAGUGCUGGAUUUUCUCUUUCACUCUUGUCUUUAUUUAUUUUUAUAUUUAAUUCUUAUCUUAUAGCUUUAAUAUGACAAGAAAUACUCCUAGCAUAGGUCACAGUUUCUGAAGUGUCUUCCAUUACAACAAAGGUAUAAUUAUGAUCUUCACAACAGCACUGUAACCACAAUUUCUCUACCUGUCCUAUUGUCUAGUAUAAUUAUGAUCUAUGGAAUUGUAUAUAAUGAUCUAAUAGGACCAAUAUAACGAUGUAUAAUGAACGCAGAGUAUACUUGUGCUGUAUAUACAUGUUAGUACUGUGUGUCAGACUAUAGGACUUACAAACACUAGAAUAUAUUACAGUAACUCUAUUAUCUUUUUGACCAUUACGGAGAUGAAUGAUUGUGCCAUUUUGUAUGUGGUUAUCCAUUUGUGAAAUCUGUAAGAGAAAUGAUAAUAAUAAACAAAUACAUGAAUAAUAAUAAUAAUAUAUAUAUAAUCAAUAAAGGUUGACAUUAUUA